CUUUGUCUGGCAAGCAGUCCCACUGGUCCCAGGUUGGAAAGAGUCCUGUUGCACAGCAUCCUGAGCAAUGUUAACUUGAUGGACAGAAUGACAGAAGAUGCUUUACGCCUGAACCUCUUAAAACGGAGCUUGGACCAAGCAGAUGACCGGGAUGAUGUCCUGGCAAAAAGAUUGAAAAUGGAAGGACAUGAGGCGAUGGAACGCCUGAAGAUGCUGGCACUGCUGAAGAGGAAAGACCUCUCAGGCAUUGAUGUGCCCCAUGAGCUCCCAGUGAAACAGGAUGGUGUGAAAGUCUAUGAAGAAAAGCUGAAUGGGAGCCUUAGGCCCCAUGGAGAUGGCAGAACUGCAGGGAGGCCAGGGAAGGAAAACAUUAAUGAUGAGCCAGUGGAUAUGAGUGCAAGGAGAAGUGACCAGGACAGGGGUCGAUUAACCCCUUCACCAGAUAUAAUUGUCCUCUCUGAUAAUGAGGCCUCCAGUCCCCGUUCCAGCUCUCGUAUGGAAGAAAGACUUAAGGCAGCAAAUCUUGAAAUGUUUAAGGGCAAAAGCAUAGAGGAGCGACAGCAGCUUAUCAAACAGCUUCGGGAUGAAUUACGACUGGAGGAGGCCAGACUUGUGUUGCUGAAGAAACUGAGGCAAAGUCAGCUGCAAAAGGAGAAUGUGGUGCAGAAGACUCCUGUUGUCCAGAAUGCAGCGUCUAUUGUCCAGCCAUCUCCUGCUCAUGUGGGACAGCAGGGACUGUCCAAGCUUCCCUCCAGGCCUGGAGCUCAGGGGGUUGAGCCUCAGAACUUAAGAACAUUACAGGGUCACAGUGUCAUUAGGUCUGCCACAAAUACGACUCUGCCCCAUAUGCUUAUGUCACAGCGUGUGAUUGCUCCCAACCCUGCCCAAUUACAAGGGCAGCGUGUUCCUCCUAAACCUGGCCUCAUCCGCACUACAACUCCAAGCAUGAAUCCAGCCAUCAACUACCAACCGCAAUCAAGUUCUUCUGUUCCUUGCCAGCGUACGUCGUCUUCAGCCAUCUAUAUGAAUCUUGCCUCUCACAUCCAGCCUGGCACUGUGAACAGGGUGUCGUCUCCACUCCCCAGCCCCAGUGCUCUGAAUGAUGCUGCCAAUUCGCAGGCAGCUGCCAAGCUUGCCCUGCGCAAGCAGCUGGAAAAGACACUGCUGGAGAUUCCACCCCCAAAGCCGCCUGCACCCCUGCUUCACUUCCUGCCCAGCGCAGCCAACAGCGAGUUCAUCUACAUGGUGGGGUUGGAGGAGGUAGUACAAAGUGUUAUCGACAGCCAAGGGAAAAGCUGUGCAUCCCUCCUGCGUGUGGAGCCCUUUGUCUGUGCUCAGUGCCGCACUGACUUCACCCCUCACUGGAAGCAGGAGAAAAAUGGGAAGAUCCUGUGUGAGCAAUGCAUGACUUCCAAUCAGAAGAAGGCACUGAAGGCAGAGCACACCAACCGACUGAAGAACGCCUUUGUGAAAGCUUUGCAGCAGGAGCAGGAGAUUGAGCAGAGGCUACAGCAGCAGGCAGCCUUGUCUCCCACUGCAGCUCCUGCUGUAUCCAGUGUCAGCAAACAGGAGAACAUCAUGAGGCACCACACGCUCCGGCAGGCUCCACAGCCCCAGAGUACUCUGCAGCGUGGCAUCCCCACUUCUGCCCGCUCGAUGCUUUCCAACUUUGCUCAGGCACCCCAGCUGUCUGUGGCAGGUGGUCUUCUUGGUAUGCCAGGUGUUAACAUUGCAUACCUGAAUGCUGGGAUUGGAGGCCACAAAGCGUCGAGUUUGGCGGACCGGCAGCGGGAAUACCUUUUAGAUAUGAUCCCACCCCGGUCUAUAUCGCAGUCCAUCAGCGGACAGAAAUAACGCCUAUUGACCGUUCCCCUUCCUCCCCACUUCCGUCGCAUGCAGUGCCUGUACUGGUGCCUACCGUACACGGGGAAAAAGACAAAAAAAAAGAAACAAAAAUACACAAAAAGCAAACAAAAAAAAACAUUUCAAACCUUCAGCGACCUGUCCUUUUCCAAACCUUAACUACUUUGGUUUUCUAUAGCAGUGAGAGGUCACUUCCUUUGCCCGAGGUCAGAACAAUGUCUGCUUGAAAUCAGCACUAUACAUGUGUUAAAGCUUGUUUUAUGCUAUUUUUUUUGUAAUGACAAAGCAUAGAAUUUUUAAUUGUGUUGUGUUUUUUUUUCCUCCUUUGCUAAAUGGACGGUUAAACUUUUUUUUUCCUUUCCAGAGACUUGUAAGGGCAUCCACUCUACAUAGUGACCAUUUUUAAAAAAAAAAAAAAAAAAAAAAAAAAAAGGCAGCUUGUGCUGACUCACGGGGAAACUGGGGCAAAGAAAUGCAGUGGGCUGAGCCUGGACAACUGUCCUCUGCCGCUGGUAGGGUGCUCAUGUUCCUUGGCUUGGCAGGAGUAGCGAGGAGACGCCCUACGUCUAGCUGAGGGUUGGUCCCUAACGUCUUAGCUCGUGCGUGUCACCUCGGAGGAAGGGAGCCUGGUUUGCAAAGGCGCUGGUGUCCACGUGCGCCAACUGCGGCGCGGGCAUUGGCGAUGGACAGUGCCGGGAGCCCUGCCGGCUCCGCGGGUGCAGUGCAACAACUGGAUAAGCUAUGCAGGGCGCAGAGGGGUCCGGAUGCAGCCUGGAGAGCCCCCGGCGCCGCGGCUGGGCGCUGGCCGGAGCGCGUGUUGGUUUGACGUAGCGAUGGCACUUCUCGGCGCUCGCAAGCGGAAGACCUAGAGCAGACUGUGAUCCACCGAAGGGCACGGCAGCCUCGGCCUUGGCGAGUCCCCUCCUCUCCCCACCACGUGCUCCAGAGCAGCUCUCGGUCACCACCGGUUGUGAAACCGCAGCGGGUCCUCGCGGGCGAUGGGGCCGGUGCCGCAGUGGUGCGGGUCGGAGCUGCCUUCCUUGGCCCCCCCAGGCAAGAGCUGGGGUCCGAGCAGCGGUAGCGACCCCAAAGCAAGAACAAGGGGUGAGAGUCGGCUGAGAAAUGCUCUAUUUGCACUUAACCUUCACACUAACCGGCCCUCCCCACCUCUUCCUCCCCACGCCCUCCUCUUCCUCCUUGCCCUCUGCAGACGAGAACUUUAGAGAGCAGGAAUCCGGGUGCCGAAGAGGGCCCGGCGCAGCAGCGGCGGCUCCGCUUGCCGCGGGCACUGGCUGGUGCCACGGGCAGCCCGGCGGGUACGAAGCAAGGCGAGCGCGCCGUGGUUUGCUGCUUCUGAGGAGCAGAUCCCUGCAAGUGGCUGGAAGGAGUUUCCUGAGAGUUUCGUGUUGGUUUGUUUUCUUUUUUUUUCCUGAUGUUUAAAAAAAAAACAACAAAAAAAACAACAAAAAAAAAAAACUUGUGCAAUUUUAAGUGCUUAAGUCACCCGUGUGGAGUUGCUUUUAUUGGGGUGCCCAGAAGCCUCUGCCACUGCGCAGCAGGCGCUGUCGCUUCCCGCAUGCCCCUGCCUCUGCUGCGGGAGCCGCCAGCCCCAGCCCCCCGUGCCUGCCCCCUCCAUUCAAUGAGCACUUAGUACCCACGGGGUGGGGGGCACCCCGUCCCUCCCUCCUGGGGCCCGCCAGAGGAAAAAGGAUUUUUUUUUUUUUUUUUAAUUUUUGGAAACUAGUGAAGCGUAGUGGCGUAUAUAUAUACUAUAUAUAUUUUUUGUGUUUUUGUUUUAAUCUUGUUUAGCUGGUCGGCUUCCCUCCUCCACCCCCUCCGUGACAUAGCGAUUCUCUUAAAAUCUCUGUCCAUCUCCUUUAUUGCUCUGCCGUACUUGGACUCAUUGUUUCUUGGAUAAACCUGAGAAGUUUUUAUUGGUGGUGGUUUUUAUCACCUGUUCUUCAUCCCCCCAGCUCUCCCCACCACCGCCACCUUUUGCCGCAGCCCAGGCGGAUUUGCCACCCCUCUCCCCACCUCAUUCAAGUGCCAUUUCUCCCCCAGUCAGGUGGUGCCGAGAGGUACGAGGUGACCCGGGUGCGUUGGUUGAGAUUAAAGUUUAAAACUUUGGAGAAAAAAAAAAAGUGCAAUACUUCAGGCUGAGUCUCCCCUGCCAGGGUCGCUGGAAGCGGCGAGCGGCAGGAGAAGGAGUCGGCGACUCCGUGGUGCUACGCCAGGCGCCCUGGGGAAGGGAGCGGAGCCCCUCGCGCCCCGUCCCUGCCACGAGAAAGGCUUUUGCGUGUGUCCCCGCUGCGCCCGGGAGCCCUGCGCAGCGUGGGAACGUGGGCGCUGGCAUUCCCGCGCCGUGCUGGGGCGGCCGUGGCCUGUGCCCGCGAGCUCCCGGGGGAGCCGAGCUCCUUGCUGUGUCUGUGACCUGCACAGGUUAAUCUUUUUUUUUUUUUUUUUUCCUUGUCUUUUGACUACAGCGCGUGAACACCCUGCUCCCUCCCCGUGUGGUGUCCCCUCCCCUACAGAUGUGAUGUAUGGUAGAAAAUCGUCUUUUUUUUUUUUUUUUUUUUUUUUUUAAUACAAAAAUAAGGAUUUUUUUCUGCUUUUGUUAGCUUUUCUUUUACAGCUAGUUGUAGAUCUGCUUGUGAAAAUGCUUACUGGAUUUUUUUUCCCCUCCUCCCCUCCAACACCAUAACCUGUCCCUUCCCGUCUCUUCUCUAACCUCCCCAUCAUCUCCCCCCAACCCCAACCAGAUCUUAAUUAGCUUAUGAUAUUGCUGCCGAGAUGUUAUAACAAGGACUCAUUCGUGUAUAUAAGCUAUUUCUUGACACAUUAAAAAAAAACUGUACAUUGUGUAGAAAACGAAAAAAAAAAACAAAAAACAAAGCAGCCUAGCCAUGGAUAUUGUGGAAGUUGUUACGUCCUUUUUGUAGUGUGACCUCUUGUGUAUGACAUGAACCGUGCAAAAGGGUGGUUUCCGGCGGGUGGGGGCGGCCGGGGAGCGGAGCGGGCGGCCGCGGCGGGCCGGGGUGGCGCGGCCCCCGGCCCGGCUCCCCUCGCCCGCGGCCAUGCACUGGUGGCAGCUGCCACCUCCCAAAUCUGUGCCUUUCCCACACACUCAGCCAGGAGCCCGCGCGCCACCCGCCCCCCCGGCGGAGCGGAGGCAGGACGGGCCCCCGCGCCGGGGGCCGCCGCGCCGGGCAGCGGGGCCGGGGUGGGGACGAGUAUUAUAAACUGUAACUGUAUUUGCACUGUUUUUAUUAUUGCAUUGGCAUAUAUACAAUAUACAUCUAUAACAA